GAGAAAAAGACAUCAAAAGCUCUCAAGGCGGAUCACUCAGUUCACCAUGUUACUUUCAAUCCGAAUAAGGCUUCACCGAGAGAAACCCUCAACAUUUCAGUUCCAAAGCUUGAUGAUGGAGUCGUCUUGGUUUCUGAGUGUCUUGUAGUUGUUUUCAACUUGACAGUAGUGGGCAAACGAAUAAUUUUCUCGUGAACAACGUAUCGAGAGCGCUGGUGGAUAAUUUCACUGUGAAAUUUGCAGGUGAAAUCUUGCAGGACACGGAUGGUUAUGAUUUGUUUAAGCUUAACGAGGAUUUAUUUUUGACUGAAAGUGGGAGCUCAAACCGGUUGGGUGAAGGAAUUCAGUCUGGAGAUCUCUCAAUGACCAGAUGUAAUGCCGGAGACAAGAAAACUUUAGGAGCUGACAAGGAGAAAAAACGGCUUAACACUGUGUGUGGAAAUAAGUACAGGAUUCCGAUAGAUCAUGAAAUUCUUUUUUACCCAAGAGCUUUAUCCGAUGAACUGGUCUUUGAACUCAGGCUCGCUCCAGCGAGUACUGUUGUGAAGGGGAGUGAUCCGGCAAAGCUUGACUAUGAGCUCAGUAACAUCCAGCUUGAGUAGAGGUUAUCCACAGUAAGCAGCUCUUAUCUAAAUGGAAAGAAGUUCAUUUAUGAGCAUGUCACCCACCACAAAACAAUCUCAAUCGCAAAGGGAACUGAUUCAAUCAUCAAUGAGAGCAUCAAUGUUCCGAGGAGAUCGAUGAAGGGCUUAAUUCUGCUCCUGUUUUACGAACCAUACGUGGGAGGGGCGAGAGACAGCGAGCAAACAUUC